CGGGGCGGGUCCGGGGCGGGGAGGGGCAGGAGCGGCUCGGAGCGCGCAGGGUCUGCGGGUCCCGGUGUACGGAGGGCUCACGGUCCCGGGUCGAUGGAUCGGUCGCGGGGCGGCGCGGCGGGGCUGGAGCGGUGCCUGCGGGAGCUGUGCCGGCCCCGGGAGCGCGCCCCGCGCCUCCUGGCGCUGUGCCGGGCGCUGGGGCUGCGGGAACCGCCCGGGCCGCGGGGCCCCUGCUCGCCCGAGUGCUACGAGGCGGUGGUGGCGCUGGAGCGAGCCGAGGACCGCAUCGCCGCGCUGGAGCGGGAGAACGGCAGCCUGCGGGGGCUGCUGCGGCACUCGCGGGCCGCCCGGCAGAUAGGGCUGUGGAAAAGCCAGGCUAACCAUAAGGAAGAGGAGACCUGUUUUGGAGGGAGUAAGGGACAGUUAACGGACAACAACUCCCAGAACAUGUGCCUUCAAAGUGUCCUGAAGGAAAAGGAACUAGUCCAGAGCUCCAGGGAUGGACAAAUUGAAGAAGCUAUUAGGCUCAAUCAGGAGUUGGAAAGAGAGUUGAAGAGCUCUCGGGAAGCUCUGUUCAAUCUGCAAGAUUGCAACCGCAGCCUGAAGAGGGAACAAGCAGAAAUGAGGAGGAAGGUGGAAGAGGCAAGACGCGUUGUCCUUAACAGUCUUGGCAAAGUGAAGGAGCUAGAGGUGAAAGCUAACGAAGUGCCACAUCUGGAGCUGUACAUUCAGCAGCUGGAGUCACAACUGCAGCAGUACAGGUCAGAAGCUGUGACAUUCCAGCCUCCCUCUAAAAGCAGCCCCGAGCAGAAAGAGGGAACAACCUCACCAGAGGGGAGACACUGCCCAGCUGUGCAACACGAUCGAUGCUCUCCCACAGACGGAGCCGGCAUUUCCGAGAACGCAGAGGACCCACUGUUCCGUGCGGUGGAGGGCCAGGCUGCAUCUGACCAGGAGGAGGAGGAGGAGGAGCGGGCUGGAGACCAGCCAUCCCAGGCGGACCCAAGGAAGAAAACGCUGUCUGAGCUCCCUUGCUGCGGUAGCGGAUGUGAUGAAAAAAUGUGGAAGAAGCCCAUGUCUUAUGUGGAGACCACCAACACUGAUGGUUUUGAACCAGCCCCUGCGGAGCUCACAGAGAGAAUGACACACCUCAGUGAACAGCUCCACCUUAAAGGGCAUGAAGUGAAGAAACUGGAAACAGGCGUGGAAGAGAUGAAAGGCCCGCUGCUAGGGGAACUGCAGCAAAAGGCGGAGGAGACCGAAUUGUUGAAGAUGGAGCUGCAGAUGCUGGAGACUGAGAGAGUUAGGCUGUCACUGCUGGAAGAAAAGCUCAUGGAUGUUUUACAGCUUCUUCAACAACUUCGAGACUUGCACAUCUCUAAGCGAGCCUUGGGGAAAAUCCUGCUGAGCACUUUGGAAUCCUGCCGUGACCCCCAACCAGGAAAAGCCCAUCUAUUUGAAGUUCUAGAUACUCUUUACCAUGAGCUGACAGCCUGUGAACUCUUACAAAGCCAGCCUCUGGAGACGGCGCAGAGUCGCCAGUCCUUGUCUAACCCACUGGUCAUCUCAUGCUGAGCAGCGGUGCCAACUACAGUCCACACGACCUGCCUAACAACAGCCCUUGUUCGUUCCAACACAUGAUGAAUGAAUGAGGUUUGUCCAAGUUAACAGCGCUCAGGCAUGGAGAAGAGGAAUAGACUAACUCAGCCAUGAAAUCAAAGGGAUGCUGCUUCUGGGAAGAGCGCUGGUUCCUUGGCUAACAUCAAACCCUCCCUUAUGUCAGUGACCACUCACAUGACGAGGGGAUUACGUAGCAGUGUGUAGCUCUGAUGGAAGCAUAACUAUCUUCCUCUGAUGGCCCUGUAACUCUACCAGUUAACCAAAUAAAAACUAUUCCAAAUGCACCGACCUGGCCACAUAGAUUUACAGCCCUGGUUACACACUGGCUGGGCACAGUUUCUCACUUUUGUGAGAAAAAAAGCGAGAGGCAGGCUAUUUUGUCAUGAGGAAGUAAACCCCUUCCUUAGCAUACAGGGACAAAAGACUGUAUUACAAACAUAUACGAGUGUGUGACAGUACUGCAAGUUUUAAAGGGCUCAUGUAUGAAAUGUGUUUGUAUGUGUCUGUGAUUCAAUUAUUCACCUUAUUUAACUCUGAAGUCAGAUCUGUUAUUGCUCUGCUAAACUUUAUAAUUGCAAUUACAGAGAUGCCUUAGAAACCUCAACAGUCCAUGCCGAAGACAGCCUUGGAUUUUACAUUAAAUGAUACAUUUAACUGCCUGAAAAAGGUACAAAGCAAUCUCAUUCCCAGGCUCUCAAGGAAGGAAGGAUUGAAAAUUCACAUUGCAGCAGCUGCCUUUGUCACAUUACCACUCAACACGUGCCAUACGCAACUUUCUUCUCUCAUUUAAUUUCCCUCAGUGCAACUGAAGAGAUGCAAAGCGCUAGGCUCCACUGGCAUAGUGCCACAUCACAUUUUAAUCAGCAAUAAAACAGUUUCUGGAGGCAAAAGUAAAAGAAAUAGGUUGCUUCCGAGAGGGUUUUGCUGUUUCAUUCAACUAUGAAACACAGAGCUAAAGAAGCAGAGUUCUUAAAUGAUCUGUCUGGAUUUGUUAUUAGAAGGAUGCACUGUUGAUCUUCUAAAAACAUGUAAUUAUUUGCCUGAGAUAAUGUCAGUGAUGAAAUAAGACCAUGUGGUUCAGAACUGUGCAUGUAUGAUUUUUUUCCCACAAAAAUGGUUUGCAUACAGGAGAAAGGCCGGUACCACAAUGCAGUCUGGAGGAUUUUUAUUCCUUUCUAUUCACAAUCCACUGCAGAGCUCACAUACACCUCCGUCUAAAGUUGUGAUGCAUUACUUAGCAUUUAGAGCCAUGAUGGUAACAAAAAUCUGCAACAGAUAUCUUCGUUUCGUUUUGCCUCACGGGAGGCAAACCAGUCUGAAGAGGUGACAUUACCAGGUGAGACCAGAGUCCCGCUGUGCAGCUGCCAGCUGGUAAGAGUUACUCAGGUCUUGUCUGGAGAAGGGACCUGCAUUAUGUUGAUUUUUCAUUUAGAAAGCCCAUGGGCAUCUAUAAAAGGGCUAAAGGAACCUAAUCACGCUGGCUUUGAGGCCCUUUGGUUGAGCUCUGGCCUCACCCCGUGCAUGAGAUUUUAUCCCCUUCCCAGCAUGUUCACUCCUCAGUCCAGCAGAUUCUGUUUGUUCUUGAGGAUAAUCCCAUUCUUCCAAAAAGGACAGUUUGUUUCCUCACAGUGUACCUGCUCCCCAAGUAAUUCACCCCAGGCAAAAGCUAUUCUUCAUCACCUCUUCUAUCUGUUCUUUCCUCCAUCACUAAUUGCAGAGCAAUAAUUCCCUCAGGCUCCCAGACUUUGUGCUUUAAGACUGGUGUAGAGUUUUUCCUCAAAUGAGCUCCCUCAAGUCUCCUCAGCUCUCCUAACCCUCACUACUAUGAGUCUCAAGGAAUGAGACCUUUCUCCUGCUGACAUCCCAUAAACAUGGCUCUCACAGACCUUGCUCAUAUAAUGUGUGAGCAUUCCCCCACCGCAGUGGUUCAACAUUAGAUCUCCACAAACUGUGAUCAAGCUCGCUUUCCUAGCAGUCAUCAUCUUAAUUUAUUAACUCUCUAUUAGAACUGCUAUUUGGCCCCAACAAGGAAGCUGGGACAUCUCCUCCAUUGAUCUCUAAUGUGUUUCCGCAAAACAAGCUUUCCAGUUGGACUCCAUUCUGCAGCUCCUUUCUCCUUCAAACAUGCUCCUCACUCAUCGUUUGGCUUAUUUCUUGUGGCGUUAUCUUGAAGGACUGCACACCACUCGCACAAGUUACAUUUUUCAAGAAGAGUUUCCUCUCCCCUUUGUUUUUCACUUUAUAAGAGGUUUUAAGCAUUAGUAAUUAAACUCCACCUGAUACAAAGUUCUUCAAUAACUGUCCAAUUUGUUUUCAUUGACGCUUUCUGAAGGGCUGGCAGUGCCCACUUGUCACAGAUGUUCCACUGAUUCACAGAACCUUUGCACCAAGUCAGUGUGGCCGUCUCCAGACAGAGCUGCUCCAAGGUUGAUGGCAUUUGUACACACUUUUGGAACAAAAAAAUGUUUAAAUUUGCUGAAUGUGCUGGAAUUAAAUCUCCUCCCUUUCCUGAUACUGUCCAUUAAUCUAUUACAUGGUACAUUUCCAUGAUGAAAGGAUGUUUAGAUUGCAUUCUUUGUUUCCAUCUUACUGUUAAGAGUAAGGGAACGCUUUCAAGCAGUGCUGCACAAAAUGGAAUUGCUCAGUAUGAGAGAAUGACAAUAAGGUUUCACCGCGUGUGACACCGCAUUACCAGCCAAAGAGUUUCUCUUAGGUUUAUAAUUUCAUGGAGUUUAAGAUACUGAAUCCUUUAAUAUUUACACUAUCUUAUUUGCUUAAUAAUUUUACGUAUAAUUCCACAUAACACAAAAGCUAUAGAAUGUGUUUCACAGUGUGAAAUUCAAUUGACAAUUGAAUCAUCAUUAUUUCCCAAAUUAUACUUUACGUUCAAGAGGCCAGGAUUUUCAGAGUUCCGUUUGGUUUCUGUUCUGCCACUGGCUGUUCUGUGAUGCACCAGCAGAAACAUCCUUAUCCCCUUCCCAAGGUCCUGCCUGCUACAGUAGUUUGGUGGCCUCACAGUGUGGCUUUUGCAGGGAAGUGGCCCAACUGAAUAUGCAUCACUUUAGGGAUGCUACUACCUUUCUGAGCCCUGCUUCCUCCCAGAAAGAAGGCCGACACACUCGGCCAAUCUUUCCCUCCAGCCAGCAGCUGCCUCCAGCAGGGUGCUGCCUGUCUCAGCUACACAUGUACAGAUGCUCAGGGGAGUGUCCAUGGGCAGCACCCACUGCUCUGUGCCAGGCUGCUCAAAAGCCGUGGGAAUCCAGGGGAAAUGGAAAGGCACUUCUCUGGCACUGCCUCAGCAUGCCAAAACAGCUCAACUUCAUUGUGCGUCUUUUUUGUUUAAUGCAGACCACUCACUUCUUCACUUAGAAAGGGUGUCUGCAUUAAAGCAAACCUCCCUGAACUGAGACUCACAUCUUAAAUGAUGUCAUUUCCUAAAAUGCUUCUACUUUUCUGAACUGUAACCAUUUCAGACUCUCUGGCUGAAGAACUGUCUGCUCCUAGACUUAAUCCCCUACCCAUUUCCAGAGUGUAUUAGCAGUAGAACAAAAGAAAAGAAUGAAAAGGCUCACAGGAAAUUCCGGAAAUCCUUGCUGGCAUUUUAGAACAAGUCGCCAGUUGGAUAGCAUGACCUCUUGCCGAUACAGUCAUAUUUUUGUCUAAUGACAAAAGGAGAACAGAGUGUCAGAAUCAGGAGACAAAGUUCUACUUAAGCUUCUACACGUCUGCCAAAACUUGGGGCACAGAAUACUGUGGUGCUUAGUUUUAAGUUAAAUAAUAGCCUCAGAAAAAAAAGAGAAUUAGCUCGGCAUGACACUAAUGCAUGCUUCAGAGAAUGCUGAUUUUGUACCUUUGCCAUUCAAAUUUGUGAAGGAAAGAGCCCUUACUUAGUAUAGACUUCAAUAGAAAGUUUUGGCAAUGAAAAUUUAACUCUUCCACACUAGCUGCUUGAGAGCUGACAAGAGCCUGCUGCCACAGCUGGAUAGCACGUCUUCCUGAGACAAAACAGACCCUUGGUCUUCAUAAGGCCACCAACGUAAAGUGAGCAUCCACACACUCCAAGCACCGCAGGGUUCCCCAACAGCGAUGCACAGGUUCCUUGAAGACUAGCUCUUCCCUUGUUGCUUUUCUGUGUUAUACUGAGUGCCAUGGAUGCCAGGAAACAGAAACCCAUAACCCUGUGAGUCCAUUCUUUCCAUCCACUGCUACGUGGAAAAUGCUGCUGAACUACAGGAUUAGUCACAAACACAAGGUGACAGCACAAGCCCCUGCACUGCGGAGGCGCCGAUCAUUUGGUUUGUGCUGGGAAAGGGGGGAUAUACAAGUUCUGCUCUUGGAGACUACAGAAAGGAGACGUUUCUGAGGAAACAGCAGAGGGUGAGCAGCCGUAACAAGGCUGAAAGCAGUACAGGGCCAGUCCUGCUAAAAGACAGGUUGUGCCCACUAACCUAAAGCUGCCUUCCACAUUUUUCAGAACUCACACCUUCCUGAGUGAGCUCAGCACACAUCAGGCUUAUAAAACAUGGAAUGCAAUGCACCGUGUAGUAACAGACCUUUACGUACCAACGACAUGAGGCCUACGAGCACUGAUCCUGCUGAAGGUGUGUCUCCACGACAGCCUCGUUUCAGGUGAUCAGCAGCAUCAUGUCUGCACGCCAGGCAGCUUUGCUAAAGCGAGAGCAGAUAGACUUCAAAACCCCACUGAGCCGCUGUUUUCCCUGAGGUUCCACCGACCAGAGCUGAGUGUGCUGUUAGAGUCAAGGACAAUUUCUGUACUUGAAGAAGGUUUUAUUGUUUGAUAAUUUUGGGUUUGCUGAUUCUUUCUCAUUGAUUUGUUCACAGCUACAAGUGGGAAGAACAUUCUCUAAAAGUGGUGAGGUCUGGUAUUCUGUGA